CUGAAAGAUAUCUGUCGCCUCAGCCGCACGGUCCGGAAUGCCAAUGCUCUAAUUGCAGGAACAAUGUUCGUCUGGGUAAAUGUGCCCGUGGGGCCCCGCAUUGCCCAUGAUUCAGUUCGGGGUAUCCACGUCCGAGCCCGUGUUAAUUGCAUUGAGGCGAAUUUCAAGUCUGCGCGUCAAUGAGAAGAUAAAAUAUCUCGCUGCGCGCUGUUGAGUGCCAAGUACGCUCCAACGCUCUUCAUCAGUCAACAUGGGUGUUUUCAAGCUUAUGGGCCUUGCUGCACUUGCCAGCUCAACGCUUGCCGCACCACUCGAGGAACGCGCGAAGCAGCCCAAGAGCUUCUUCAAUGAAGUCGGCAACUCGACUUGGGUAAUUGGAAACGAUGUGUGGAACGUCACACAGAACCUGCAGUAUGCCAACAAGCUCUGGUACAAGGGCAAAGACAGAGUCGGGCAGGCGGUUGGACAUUAUGUGAGCUACAACGGCGCUGCUUCCGAUCUCAAGUGGCUGUCCGCAUCAGUCUUCGACAAGGGUACCGACUGGAUCAACAUCAAGUUCACCGCUGUCGAGGGUGACUUCCACUGGGUUAUCUACGACGGUCUUCACGGAUCAUACCAGUAUUUUGUCAACCGCGCUCUUCCUACACUUGGCGAAUUCAGAACGCUGUGGCGCCUGGACAACGUAUCUUUCCCGAAUGCGCGAACGAACGUCAGGGACGGACCUCUGCCGGCUCUUUCCGAGUACGCCAUAUCCACAAAUGUACAAGAUGAGACAUGGCAGAAGCCAGACGGAACUUUCUUGACCAAGUAUGACUGGAGCAGCAAUGUCCGCGACAACGACUUCUACGGCGUCUACGGUGAGGAAGUAGGAAGUUGGUACUUGAACCCUGGAAAGGAUUACUUCAACGGCGACCACACGAAGCAGGAGCUCUAUGUCCACCGCGAGUCGAGAACCGGUGAUGCUGUCCAGCUCAACAUGAUCCACGGCACACACUUCCAAGCUGUUUCGCGCGAUGCCUUUGCAGAAGGUAAGGUCUGGGGCCCAUGGUUGUGGUAUCUAAACGACGGUUCCAAGGAAGAUGCUGCCUCCCGCGCCGUACAGGAGGAAGGAAAGUGGCCCUACAAAUGGUACAACGAUAAAGCCUACCAGUCGCGUGGCAAAGUCCAAGGUCGUCUCCUCCUCUCCGAUGGCCGCCCAGCAGCUGGUGCCGCAGUCUUCCUCGGCGAUAACAACAACUCUACCAUCUCGACCCUCGACCAGGGUAAGGACUUCUACUACACCGCGUAUGCCGACGCAAACGGCAAGUUCUCUUUCAAGGAUGUGCGCACAGGCUCCUACGCGCUGCAAGCCUGGGGCAACGGCGGCGCCAUCAGCGACGUCAUCACAAACUUCACACGGAACGACGUCGAAAUCCGCAAAGGUGAUACAACAAACCUGAAGGAUCUGUCCUGGAAAAUCACAGACAAGAGCAAGCGCAUCUUCCAGAUCGGCGCCUUUGACCGCAAGACCGACGGCUUCGCGCUCGCAGACCCGAAUAAGCCGUUCGAGCACGGCCGCAUAUCCAAGGCGCCAGGCAACCUGACGUAUACGGUUGGCAGCAGCACGGACAAGGAUUGGUACUUCGGACAGUCUGCGCUGGGGACGUGGAGCGUGGAAUUUGCUGCUCCAGGCGCCGCUGCAGCGUCGAAGCUUACUGUGUCGCUUGCUGGGUUUAGUCAGGGCUCGAGUUGCGACAUUCUGCUUAACGAUGUCAAGAUUGGCAACAUCACAAGUGCAAGUCUGUUGAACAGCCAGGACACGUACCGCGGUGCGACACGGAGUGGUGAGUGGAGAUUGCUGGAGUUUCCGGUCACUGCGGAGACGUUCAGGAACGGAACCAAUAAACUGGACAUCAAGGUGACCAGGACGACGCAAUGGAGGGGGUGGCUGUGGGAUAGUCUUGUUCUCGAGAAGAACUAGACAGGACGUAUUAGCGCUUAAUGUGACAAACAUCCGAAUGAAUAAUAUCACG